UUUUAUUUCCGGGUCUUGGUUUCGUGAGUAAAGGUUUGUUCUCGAUCUCUUAAUGUUGUGGUUAAAGAUCCUCUUCAAAAUCUCUCCAAAAUGACUCGAUUUGUCGAUUGUUUUUGGGGUUCUGAUUUCACUAGUACUGCUGGAUUUGACAAUCUCUGUAAACGAUUGAGGGAUGGCAAACAGAGCUGUCAGGACUUUGAAGAAUUCGUACGACAAAGGGCUGAUAUAGAGGAAAAAUAUGGUAAAAGUUUGACGAGACUGGCAAAGUCUAACGAGGCAAAGGAAGAAAUUGGAUCUCUCAAAGAUUCCUGGGAUUGCUUGAGGAAUGAGACAGAGAAUGUUGGUAAAGCUCAUAUAGCCCUGGCUCAACAGCUACUGGAUGACCUUGAGAAAGCAAUGAGAGAAUUUAGAGAAACACAGAGAGCAAAACGAAAACAGGUUGAAGAGGUGGUGAAGAAAGCACAAAGAAAUAAGAAAAAUCAUUAUGACAAUACUAUAAAGCUGAAACGGUCUUAUGAGCAGAAGUGUAAAGACCACGAUGCUGCAGACGACUGUCUGAAGAGGUCUGUGUCAACAGCGAGUAAGGAUGAAGAAAAGCAUAGAGCUAGACUAGGAAAAGCCAAAACAGCAGUAGAACAAUCAGGUAAGACCGGUUUAUCUACAAUCCUGUCAAACAAUGUAAUUUUCCCAUUCUUUGUUUGGAUUGUUUUUCAAAGUCUUGAGGAAGAAAGAAUUGCUUAUCUCCGGAAUGCGAUGUGGAUCUAUACAAAUCUAGGGUCCACCACUUGCGUCAAGGUCGACGAGAUUUACGAGGAGAUGAGAAAAAGUCUCGAGAACUGUGACGUGGACAUGGAUGUCAAACUGUUCAUCAGCAUGAAGCGCACGGGAUCUGAAAAACCGGUCCCUGAAGCCCCAGAUCUUUAUUCGUCAAUCGAAGAAGCACGCCACGCCCCAAAACUGGUCAGCAGCACAUCACGAGCAAAGGAAAGAAUCUGCGUCGCGCUGUAUGACUACGAUGCACAGGGUGAACAAGAGCUGACGUUUAAAAAGGACGAUCACAUCAGGCUAUUAUAUACAGAAGGCGAUGUGUGGUGUUGUGGGGUGUUGGGAGAUAAGAGAGGGAUGUUUCCUAAGACCUUUGUAAAGAUGCAACAAUAAUGAUGGUGGUGGUGAUGGUGAUUGUGAUGAUGAUGAUAAUGAUGAUGAUGAUGAUGAUGGUUAUGGUGGCGGUGACUGAUGAUGGCGAUGAUGAUGUUGAUGAUGAUGGCGACAACAAU